CGUUUUACAGUUUGCUCUAAGAUGCAAAAUCAUCAGCAUUUAUGCGGACACCCAUAUUGUCUCAAUGGCUUCCAUCUCUGCAGAUUCUCUUCAUCUCUUGACUGCACUUUUAUCAAUCUCAAUUCCUGUAAUAUUUACAGCGACAGUGGUUGAGGACCUCGACAACUUGCAGCCACCGCCAGACUUCAACUCCACAAUUAUCAACAACUGCCUCAGAAACCCUUCUCUCAGAUACUGCAACUCAACCCCUUUUGAUCUUCACCAAAUUUUCAAGUCCACCAUUGUUGCAAGCCAUUUAUGCAACAUUUCCAGUAAUCCCAACUGCGUCGAAUCCUUUCCCAAAAUUGACCUUCACUCCCAACCGAAAAUAGCACCGCUUUAUCUAUCUUUCACCUUCUUCUGGAAAUACUGCCCCUUAACCAUACUAUCCAUUGAUCUCUCCAACAAUUCUCUCAAGGGUAAUUUCCCAACUGAUGUUUUUUACUGUUCUCAAAUCCAGGCCCUGGAUUUGAGCCACAAUAACCUUUCUGGUGAUCUGCCUAUUCACAACUUUUCCCUGUUGGAAAAUCUCACGUUUCUUAACUUAUCUUAUAAUGACUUUACUGAGUGUAGAAUCUCUGAUUCACACUUUUUCGAGCGUUUCAAUUCGACGAGUUUCGUUCGUUCGGGUCUUGUUCCGAAUCACAAAGAGUUCAGGAUCAAGGCUGUGCUUCUAUUGGUUGGUUUUCCAGUUCUUGUGUUAGUAAUGGUGGUUUUCUGGGGUUGGCUCUGUUUCUUUCGGAGGCGCAACAGACACAUGUUUACGCCGUCAAUUCUCAAGGCAGCAACUGAUGGAUUUUCAGUAAGAAAUUUGGUGGGGAGAAAUGGUAGAGCUAGUGUAUACAGAGGAGUAUUGAGGGAUGGAAGUGAAGUAAGAGUUGAGAUUUAUCUGGAUACAAUGUCAAUAGAGAAUCGAAGGAGAUUCGUCGAACAUUGCAAGAUUCUUGUUCAGUUACAGCAUAAGAACAUAGUCCCUGUAUUGGGGUGGUGCGAUAGCCGUAGAUUGAUGGCCAUUGUAACUGAAUGGGUAGAUGGACAGAACAUUGAGACAUGGCUUUCAACAUGUAAUCCUCCAUGGAAGCAAAGGGUACAAGUAAUAUUAGGAAUUGCGGCAGGGGUUUGUUAUUUGCAUGAAGAAUGGCCACAGGUUGGGUACAACCUCAAAACAAGAAACAUGAUGCUGUCUGUAGAUGGAGAACCGCUCAUAACAAGGUUCAAAUUACUUGAUGAUCAUCACAGCAGCACAAAGAAAACAUAUGAGUUUGGAAUGUUCAUGUUGGAGAUAGUUACAAAUAGGAGGGCCGCGAAAGAGCUUGAAAAGUCUGUAGACAUUGUUGAGUGGGUGAAAUCGAAUUACCCUGAUAACGUGGAGAAUGUGAUUGACAAGAGAAUGAAGAAGAGGGUAGAGAUUGUUUCUGAGGCAGCAGAGGUUCUUGAAUUUGGAUUGACAUGCAUAGAUGUAUCAAAAAGCCAUCAACCGAGCUGGGAUAGAAUCUGUGAUCUUCUAUCAGACAUUUCCUCAACGGCAAUAUCUUCAGCAUCAGGGGACCGUAAGACUUCCCGUGUAGAGAGAGGCGGCAGAGACCGUCAGCAUGUGCAUCACAGAGGAGUUGAAUAACUUUUAAGCAUUACUGCUAUAAUUAGCCCAUAUGUAUGCAACAUGUAAACUCAAAACACUCAAAAGCCUCAGUUAUGCAACAACAUUUCCAGGAACGCUUAUCUAAUUACAUGUUCUCCGGGUACUGAUCACUUGCUGAUGAUUAAUAAUCCAUCAGGAGAAGACGAGGAUCUAAUCCGCAUCAGCAGUGCGUAAUCAUCUGUUUUUAACAGAAAAAGAAUUUCUUGUUAUUACCGCACAUCAUCAGUAUGUAUUAAUUAUGUACACAAAUUGUUCUCUGCACAAUGUAUAU